AUGGCCGACACACUCGAGACCAAACAACGCAAGUCCGUUGCUUUUGACGAAGGUUCAGUCAUCAUGGACACCAACGGCCAAGUCACAGAGACUCCCGCGGCUGAGAAGCCCAACGACCCGGAAGUCGACGAGGUUACCGAUAUGUUCAAGGGUCUCUCAAAGAAGAAGACCUCCAAGAAGUCCAAGAGCACCGAAGAUGGCAAGACCGAAGACGCCCCCGCCGCCGACGGCGAAUUUGACCCUUCCCUCCUAAAAAAGAAGAAGAAGAAGAAGACCAAGACCCCCAAGGACUUCGAGGCUGAGCUCGCCGAAGCUGGUGUCGAUAACGAAACCGCCGAGGCCGAAGAGGUCGCUGAGGGUGACCCCGAGGCUGGAACUGGUAUCUGGCAACACGAUUCCACCCAAGCGAUCCCCUACGCCCUUCUCGUAUCCCGCUUCUUCUCUGUUCUCCAGAAGCAACACCCCGACAUGCAACUCGGCAAGUCCUACAAAAUGAUUCCCCCCAACGUCUCGCGCCAAGGCGCCCGAAAGUCUGCCUGGACAAACUUCAGCGCAAUUUGUGAACGUAUGAAUCGUUCACGCGAACACGUUAUGCAGUUCACCCUCGCCGAACUCGGUGCCCAAAGCGGUAGUAUAGACAAGGAAGACCACCUGGUCAUCAGAGGCCGUUUCAUGCAGGGAGGUAUCGAAAAGGUUCUCAGACAGUACAUUGUCGGAUAUGUUCAGUGCAAGACCUGCCGCAGCGCGGACACCGAUCUCACCAAGGGAGAAAACCGUCUGUCCUUCCUUACUUGCCAUGCCUGUGGCUCUCGUCGCUCCGUCGCUCCUAUCAAAGUCGGUUUCCAGUCCCAGAUCGGCCGCAGAAAGCGUGUUGGUUAA